GGAGGGAAAAGACAGUUUUGCUUGGAUGAGAAGGGGAGGGAAAGCGUGCACAGACAGCCUUGCUGGUUUGAAGAGGAGGAUCUGAUCUGCUUCCUUUUGUCAAAAAGUUCACGACACUUGCAAAUAAGACCCUGUACUUGGGCUACGCUUAUAAGGUGGAUGAGCAGGCUUAUUUUGGAGCACCUAUCCUGUGCAGACAAAUGAAGCUGUCCUUCUCAGCGUGGUGAAACAGAUGCCUCAAUGCCCACAGGCAGGCGCUGAGCUCAACAGCGGCAAGUCUCCCCAUCGGUGAGUCCCAGAAACGGUUCGUCCGGCGCCUCACUGCCGCUCAUGGCUCUCUGCACCUCUGGAGAGAUACGAUGGUGGAUUUUUCUCACAAAGUGCCUCUUCUUCGGACUAUUGCUGUUCUCUUCCUUGGAAACUUUAAGCCAUGCAGUGGGGAAUCCAACCCAUCAGGUGAAGGGAAUGCUGGGAGGAUCAGUCUUGUUUCCUGCCAAUGUAUCUCUAGGAAUAACAGUGGAGAAAAUGGAAUGGGACUUCCGCCCACAAAGGCAUAACCUGGGCUAUUGGUGGGGGGAAUUCAGUCAUGGGAAACUGGAGCACCCAAGUUUCAGUGGCCGAUUUGGACAACGGCUAGACAUGGUGGACGAGACAACACUGAGGAUCAAAGACCUGGAGUUGGAUGAUGGUGGAAUCUACAAUACUCGCAUCUGGUUUACUAAGACACAGUUUCAAGAACAGAGUUUCAGCCUCACCGUUUAUGAGCCAGUGCCAACACCACAGAUACACCACCAAGUGGAAUCCAAGACUCCAGAUGGAUGUAAUGUGACCUUGCGAUGCCACACACCUGGAAGGGAAGAUCUCAGUAUCUCCUGGGAAACAGGGGGUCCACACAGCGCCUUAGGAAAGAGUGUGAAUCAGUACCAGGUUUCUGACAAUGGCCAGGAGCUCCAUAUCUCCUUCUGGAACAGUUCUUUCGACUCCAAAUUCACCUGCCUGGUUAGCAAUCCUGUUGAUCAAAAGGGAGCCUCCUUUGACUUGCUCAACAUCUGCCAGAGUGAUGAAGGUGGACAGUUUGGACCCUCGAGUUGGAUUCCAUUGCUUAUCACUGCCCUCAUAGUUCCUCUGGUGAUAAUGGUGAAGGUGAUUUGGAUGCACUGGAAGAUCAUAUUCAAAAGGCCUAGAAGAGGUGUUCCCUCUGUGAUGCAAGAGAAAGGGGAGAGUAUCCAGAGCUCAGAAGCCACCCAGAAGAUGGUGAUAAUGAGAUUGAACACUGAAUCCCACAGACCGACCCUGCAGGUUGACUUGGAGAAAGAGGAAUUCUCAAGCUGUUCCACACUAUCCAGAAAAUGCUUUCCUUCUCUCACUUCUUGUACAGUCUCAGAAACAGAUCCCUCAGAGACUGAACAUUGCAUGAGAGAUCAGGCACAUCUCCAGGAGCCACUGCUGAGGAAUUCAUUGAGGGUCCCUCUGUUGAAAGACCCAUUGAAGAUCUCUCAAUGCUGCCAGUUGAGCCGGAGAUCCAGCCGAUCCAGCAGCCUUCAACACUUGUCCCCAAAGUCCUGUGACCAGGACAGAGAGCAACGUACCAAAACUUAUCCAGUGACUAUGGAAGGGGUCUCCUUGAGCACAAGGAGUCCCAGAAAUGCCUUCAUCAUCAGCCGCAAACAGAGUAUAUAAGACAAUCCUCUUGAGCUUUCCUG